CAGCCCUGGAAGAAGGGGAGGCCUGUAGAAUUAUGCUUAAUACUCUGGGUAUCCGUUCCAAUAUCUCCCUGGAUCCCCAUAUCCGCGGAUGCUCAAGUCUCUGCUAUAAAAUGGCAAAAUGGAGAUGAACACUGGGGACCACAUCAUCAAGCAACAUCAGAGAGGAGUGAAGAUGGCAAAAUGUAUUAAUGAGGAAGAACCCACAAGAAAGGAGAGGCUGCAGCAUUUUGUUUUUGCCUGAGCCGGCUGGGAAUUGCAUGAUUCCACCUCCUCUUCUCUCACUGAGUUAUUAAGUGCAAACUCCUUUUGCAUUUUGAACUCACUUGCUGCAACUGAAGUAGUGUGAAGUCAAAGGAAGGCAGUGGGAGGAGGAUAGAGAGCUUGGGAUGCUAGAAAAGCAGCUGGGAAAAAUGAAAGAUAAUUAAUUGGGAUUGUCCCUGUCCAGAUGGGACACUUGGAAGGUUUCUGUGUUUAUUGAGGCUUCUAGUGAGUUUCCAGUACAGGUUGUGCUGUAUCAUCACCCUCUGUAAGAAGGGCAAUAGCUUUAGAUGCGGUAGAACUCAGUCCAUCACAAUUCUUGCUUAAAAGCCUGGAGAAAUGCUGCUAGCCAUCAGCAUCAAUAAUAUCAGCCUAACUGGACCGGUGGAGUGACUCACAAAAGGCACAAAAAGGCUCAGUGAAAGGCAGUUUCCUAUAUUCCGAUAAGAGGAGAAAAAUUGAGCUUGCCUUGUUUUGAAUGGUGCAAAUAGCUGUGAAGAAAGCAGCAUGUAUCAAAGGCACUUCUGACACACAGAUGUGUUUCAGAGAAGAAACAAAAUCCUGCUAUUGUUUGUCAUCCUACAGGCUGUAUUGUCUUAGGGGCCUCUUAAAUGGGAAGGAGGGAGAAGGGGAAGCAGGAAACAACUGCAGACAGGCUGUCAAUCGUAGGGGAAGGUAUCUCCGGAACAAGAUGAGCCAGAGGGAAAGACAGAGGGAGAGAUGAGUAUGUACUGUAAGUGAGACACGGAUGCAUCAGAGAACAAGAUGUGUGCAGUGGUUGGAAUUGAUAAUUGAUUCUGUUGGAAGACAGGAAGCCUAUGGUUUUGAUUGUUGCACGGAAAGGAGAAUUUUAGCAAGUACUGCUUCUCCCAUUAUAAAAAUGGAGGAAGUUUUCAAUUUUCAGAGAUCUUUUUCAUUGGACAAAAUGAGCUGAGCAUUAUUUAUUUAUAUAGUACCACCAAUGGACAUGGUGCUUCACGUGCGGUUCCCUUUCCGCAGGACCAUAACCAGAAAAAAAAAAUUGAGGGGGGGGGGGUUUGAAACUUUUUUUUAAAGCGAAUCAUGAAGAGUAGUUCCAUAACUCAAAAUAAUUUAGAAAUCAGGCUCUACACUUCAGUGGACAGUCAAGACAGAUAAACUUCAGUGGACCUCAUGGGAUUUGGUUAAUCAGUUAAAAUUCAUGAGUAAACCUGAAAAAAUUCGGGAGGGGGGGGGAAUGAACCCCUAAACCUCCCCUUCCUUGGCUACAGCCCUGCCUUUCAACAGGCUCACAAUCUCAAAAGACAAGACACAAAGAAAAGGGAUGGCAGUGUGGGAGAAGAUUUAAGUUCAGCAGAUACUGGCAGGUCUUGUCACAGCACAUUGCCACUUCUCUCCUUCCAAGAACACAAUGGUGACAGUUUGGAUGGAAGGAGGACCUUUCAUCAUUUGCUGAGCCUGGUAUGAUAGAGCUGUGUCUGUCUUUCACUAAAGUAGUUGUAAGGAUGUUAUGAGUUAAUGGGAAUUAUUGAUAUGAUUUUAUUUGUUUAUUAAAAGGAAAAAGGGGAGUUAUGUAUUGAUGAAGACAGGUCUCACAUGGAAGUCAGCUGUGUUCAGCGGGUUGCCAUGGCAACGUAACCUCUCUCUGGAGGAAAAAGGGGGCGUGGCUAAGAUGACAGUUGGAGCAUAUUCCCUUUUAAAAGUUCAGUUGCUGUGAGGGUUUUAAAAGGAGUGGCUGUUAGGGGUUUGAGAAGAAGAGUUGCGGUUAGGUUUUGGAAAGAUUAGGAGCUGUGGAAAUCAGCUAAGGACGGCAGCUUAUGGUCACUCAGGGGAAAGGCUGGGAAUAUAAGUUGACCAGGGGAGUUUAGUAUACUGUUUUGAAGAGAAGUUAUUUAAGAAAUAUCCAUUCAAGAAAGACUACAUUGUAACUUAAGAUCCGGAACAUUUACUGAUUGAAACCAUACGCUUAUGUACCAAAAAUAAACUUGAAUUUUGUUAUUGUUCAUAAAGAUAAGUCUCCUUGCCUCUCUGUAAGCCUGUUACCUCACGUUGGUGGCAGUUACCGUACCUAUCUAUAUAAGUUACCGUACUUUCCUAUAUAAGUUACCAUCUUUACUCAUUUAAACCCAAUCAGUUCCGUUAUCCUUCCUUAUCCACUAAAUCAUCCCUGUCAUACAUUCACACAUCCUCCAUCCCUCCCUCUCACACGUGCACACAUCUCCUGAAUUGGAGGCAGCAGUGGGAUUUAAAGACAAAGAUUUCCCCUGCCUGAGUUGAGUACCACAAAUUGGGCUCUCUUCAGUUGGUGGCACCGGUGGGAUUCAGAAAAAGAUUCCUUCCCUGCCUCACCUCUCUUCAAUUGGUGCCAAGCGGCGGGAUACGUUUUAACAUCUCAAACUAAGUGCCUUAAGACCACAUAGGAAGAAAUCGUGAGGUAAAAGUUAAGAAAAAUGGCUACUAGACUACAAAAGAAAUUAGCAGGAGAGGCUAGUGAAUACCAAGGAGAUAGUUCGGACUCUGAGCAAACCCCUGAGACAAGGGAAACCCUUAAAUAUAAAAUUGAAUUGAGAAAAUUAGAAUUGGAGGAUAAACAAAGAGAAAGAGAAAGGGAGGAUAAGCAAAGAGAGAGAGAAUGGGAGGAAAAACGAUGGGAAAUAGAACAAGAGAAGGAAUUGAAAAGAAUGCAACUGCAGAAGGAUAAAGAAAUAGAACUGAAACGAAUGGAAUUACAAAAAGCCAGUCAGACUGAGGAAAAGGAGAGAGAGUUGAGAAUGAGGGAAUUGGAAUUGGAAAAAGAGAAAUUGGCACUGUCUCAACCACACAUUAUUAACCAAGAAGGGAAUGGUAGGACUGAAGCGUCUGAUCUACUUCUGAAGAGAUUCCCAAAGUUUAAUAAAGAUGAUGAUGUGGAAAAGUUUUUGAUUUCUUUUGAGAGGUGCUGCAGAGAUUUUGAAAUUGAUGAGGGAAAAUGGAUGCUUUAUUUAAGACCCCAAAUUUGUGGGAAAUUGUUAGAAAUAUAUGGUGAUGUACCUGAAGAGUCACACAGAGAUUAUAAUUUCUUUAAAAAGCAGGUACAACAGAAAUUGCAACUCACACCUGAGUUUUAUCGUUUAAAAUUCAGAUCUCUGAGGAAAGAAAAGCACCAAAGCUUCGCACAAGUAGCUUCAAAACAGGCUCAAUUAUUUGAUAGUUGGCUCAGAACCUCAGAAGUGGAAACUUUUCAACAGCUGAGGGAAUUAAUUAAGUUGGAACAACUGUUUCAAUUAGUGCCCUCAGAUUAUCGGUGGUUAGUUCAAGACAGAAAGCCAUCAACUGCCAAUGAAGCGGCUUCAAUGACAGACCAAUUAAUCACUCUGAGGGAAGGAUUUAGGAAGGAUGAGGGAGUAAGUGAGAGAAGGCAGAAUAAACCGCCAUUUUACAAUUAUCAAACACACACACAAUACAAAAAGACGCCUGCCAUAGAAAACACCGCCUACAGGAGGCCUGAGGUAAUUAAUCAGACCAAACCUGAGGUAAAAGCAAGGUGCUAUCAGUGUGGGAAGUCUGAUCAUCUAAAAUACCAAUGUCCUCUUUUAAGAAGAGAUAAAACAUCCUUCUUUAUGAAUAAAGAGCCCAAAGAAAAUACUCUUAAUGGUGAUAUUAAGUUGCUAAGCAGUACUGAGACUGUCCCUAAGGAGAAACAAUGUUUAUUUAUUUUAUCCGAUGAUUUUUCUGAAGAUUAUUUUGAGCCUAUCACUAUUGUGAACCAACAAAAACAAGGUUGGAGGGAUACAGGAUCCCAGGUGUGUGUUAUCCACCCAAAAUCGGUACCUCAGAAAUAUCAAAAGCCCACCUCUGAGAUAAAUCUAAAGGGUUUGGGACCAGCUGUACCAGCUGAGGUAGUAUCUCUCCCAAUUGAAUACAAUGGAUGGAAAGGGAUCUGGGACUUUGCAAUUAGCUCAGAUAUCCCUCAUGAAUGUUUAAUCGGCAAUGACCUAGCUAGACAAGUUAAGAACUGGAAAAAGUUGUGUGAGGAGAAGGAAGAUUACAACAGAAGCCCUAUUCAGGAAGCAGUGUGCUUACCUAUUCAACCAGAAUCUGAACAGGGUCCAGAAUCCAGUUCCGCCAUUAUCGAAAUUGUUAGUAAAACAGGGGGAGUGCAAGAAAUUAAACAAGCUCAGGAGGAAGAUGAAUCCCUGAAGCCUUUGUUUAAGCAAGCUGAAAGUUUACCAGAAUCAGCAGGAGAACUACCCAAUAAAUUUGUCACAAAAGAUGGUGUGUUUUACAGAGAAAGCAAAAGUGUGGAAUCAGAAGAAAGGGCAGAAAUACAUAGUCAGAGUUUCACUGAAAUUGAAAGGCAAGCGCAGGUGGCUGAGAAACUGAAGGAGCAACAGGCUGCGGAGUACAAGAAGCAAGCAGAUGAAGCCUUAGUGGCCUCCAUGAGACUGACGUAUCAAGAGCUACACGUUGAUCGGAAAAAGGAGGAGAAAAAACUUCAAAACCUGGAAGGGAAGAAGUGGGAACAGGCAGAGCGGCUGGGCAUGGGCUUGGUGUCCAGGAGCUCUAUUUCUCACUCUGUCCUCUCUGAGAUGCAAGUGAUAGAACAAGAAACGCCAGUGACUACAAAGUCCACACGGUCCCAGCUAGAUCUCUUUGAAGACAUCGGAAGCUUCACAUCUGGACCACCAAAGUACAAAGAUAAUCCUUUUUCAUUAGGCGAUGCCUUCAGCUCACAGUGGGAGACAGACAACUCCUCGUGGGAAAUGGACAAAGGGGAAGAGGAGGCAGACAUUGCCAUCUCCAGCAUCCGGCCUAUUGGUGACAGACCCAUUAACAGAAGAGAGACAGAGAGCAAGAUAUCAGUAGUGGAGUCCAAUGAAGCUCAGCAGAAGUUUGCAGGGGCCAAAGUCAUCUCAUCUGAUAUGUUCUUUGGACGGGAAGCUGAUACAGUUCCAGUGGCUGAAUAUUUGACCGAUCUUCAGUCAACAAUGAGAGUGACAAGAGACAUCGCACAAGAACAUCUAGCUGUAGCCCAGCAGAGACAGAAGAGCUACUAUGACGUGUCAGCCAAACCAAGAAGCAAGCGGAGGUUAUUUUUUGAUGGAGAGAGUGGUAAAGACCCUGACGUGAUGGGGAUUGGUAGUUUUAACCAUCAACAGUUUACUUUCAAGAUUCUACAAAAAUGCUUGGACUAUGUUUCACAGGACUUCUUAAAUGACUCUUGGAAGUUUCGCAAAAAGACAUUUUGGGACAGAGAGAGUUCAUUGGGUUGCUGGGAAGGACGAGUGUAAUUAUCCCCAACAACAUGUUAACCUCUGGAAUGCUCCGCAGAGUGAAACAUCGAUGAACUGUGCCAGGUGGCAUGAAGAAGAUCCCUAUGAAAUGUACUGGGUAUCGGAAGAUGUUUAGUCCAGUGUAUAAAUAAAGACUUGGGGGAUAACCCAGAAUAAGAAUUAAACUGUUAGAAAUAUGAUUUAUGGAAAAUGUAUUUUUAAAAUGUCUUUUGAUUUGAGGUUGUGAAUCUUAACAAUGGGAAAGAUGACCAAUACGUUUAUGGUUUGUAUGUUGAAUGGUGACAAUGCCAUGACUGUAUGGUAAGAUAUGGACAUGUUAUGUGUAUAUGCAACAGUGAAGGUUUGUAUUUUAUGAUUUAUGUAUUGUAUCUAACUUUGUGUUUUAUUUCAGGAAUACUGUUGUGUAUGUAUAUAUGUAUUUACUAAUUAUUUUUGCCCAUUCUAGGCAUAGAAAAGGCAAAAAUAAUCUUUCUUAGGGGGGAGGUGUAAGGAUGUUAUGAGUUAAUGGGAAUUAUUGAUAUGAUUUUAUUUGUUUAUUAAAAGGAAAAAGGGGAGUUAUGUAUUGAUGAAGACAGGUCUCACAUGGAAGUCAGCUGUGUUCAGCGGGUUGCCAUGGCAACGUAACCUCUCUCUGGAGGAAAAAGGGGGCGUGGCUAAGAUGACAGUUGGAGCAUAUUCCCUUUUAAAAGUUCAGUUGCUGUGAGGGUUUUAAAAGGAGUGGCUGUUAGGGGUUUGAGAAGAAGAGUUGCGGUUAGGUUUUGGAAAGAUUAGGAGCUGUGGAAAUCAGCUAAGGACGGCAGCUUAUGGUCACUCAGGGGAAAGGCUGGGAAUAUAAGUUGACCAGGGGAGUUUAGUAUACUGUUUUGAAGAGAAGUUAUUUAAGAAAUAUCCAUUCAAGAAAGACUACAUUGUAACUUAAGAUCCGGAACAUUUACUGAUUGAAACCAUACGCUUAUGUACCAAAAAUAAACUUGAAUUUUGUUAUUGUUCAUAAAGAUAAGUCUCCUUGCCUCUCUGUAAGCCUGUUACCUCACGUUGGUGGCAGUUACCGUACCUAUCUAUAUAAGUUACCGUACUUUCCUAUAUAAGUUACCAUCUUUACUCAUUUAAACCCAAUCAGUUCCGUUAUCCUUCCUUAUCCACUAAAUCAUCCCUGUCAUACAUUCACACAUCCUCCAUCCCUCCCUCUCACACGUGCACACAUCUCCUGAAUUGGAGGCAGCAGUGGGAUUUAAAGACAAAGAUUUCCCCUGCCUGAGUUGAGUACCACAAAUUGGGCUCUCUUCAGUUGGUGGCACCGGUGGGAUUCAGAAAAAGAUUCCUUCCCUGCCUCACCUCUCUUCAGUAGUGUUAGAUGUGGAUGUAUAAUUAGGCCUGAUUUAUGCAUAUGGUCACUAUUGCUGCUUGUAUAAUGUGUGCCCAGUAAAACAAGGGUGAAAUGUCAGUGGAGAACCAGCAUCCCUGAAGAAUGCUAACAAGCAUAUCUGUUUCAGACCCGAUGCUAGGCUAUUGUCUAGAUCAGUGUUGGCCCUUGCCCUUCUUACUGGAAAAAUAUUUUAAUUUAACAUUUGGGAAAAAAUCAUUUUUCCUUCUUAUCGCUUUAAGUUUUUAAGAAAUAUUUUCAUUCUGGAAUGUCUCUGGCCCUCCCAUUCCUAUACUAAAGUUUGAUUGGCCCUCGGGUAACUAAAGGUUGGACCAUAUUGACAGAGCCGGUCCAACAAUGAGGCGCAUUAAGCGGUUACUUCGGGCACAAAACAUACGGGGGCGCAGUCGAGACUGCUUUUUCUGUUGAUUUGUUGUAAAACAUAAUGUUUUAGUGCUUAAUUUGUAAAAUCUUAAUGUAAUUUGAUGUUUAAUAGGCUUUUCCUUAAUCCCUCCUUAUUAUCCAACAUUUUCGCUUAUCCAACGCUUUUAUUUUUCAGUGAUUGGUUUUGGGGGGGGGGGCGCCAAAAUUCUGUUCGCCUACACUUGAAAAAUACCUAGGGCCGGCUCUGCAUAUUGGUCUAGAUGAAGCUAUAACAGACACAGUUUGGUGAAAAAUGCACGGCUUACAUUGCACGCUGAUCGUAAAUGGUCAAUGGAAGCUCUGGGAGCCCCUGGUACAAAGGUAGGGACAAUGAGGCAGGCAGAAUGAGUGAUGAACAUUUCACUUUUUCGACCUAACACUUUUUUCCAUUUGAUAUAUCAGAGGUAGAGCUGAUGUUGUCCCUAAAUUGUACCUUGCUCCUUGUGAUAUUUUAAACUCUUCCAUGACUUCACUGUACAUUUUCCACUUUAAUCAGUACCAUGUACAUUGGUUAAAAUUCUCCCUCCUUUAUACAACAACAAAAAAUAAAGGGGCCUUGGCCUGUACUGUA